AUGGGAGCCUCAACAGUUGCUGAAAAACCAACACUAGCUGCAGAAGUUGAAAUGCAGGCUGCACUCCCCAAGAAGACACCACUACCACAUACAGAAAAGAAGAAAGACAGAAGGAGCGGCGGUGGCACCCGGCUGAAGGAGCGGCCGAUGCUGAUCGUGAGGGUGAGCGACGACGAACAGCUGCGCCGUAUCUACGAUUUCGGAGACGAACUCGGCCGCGGGCGAUACGGGGUGGUCGUGCAGGCACGCGCCCGCCUCACCCGCAUGUCCUGGGCCAUCAAGGUCAUCAACAAGAGCCAGGCCAAGUACCCUGGCAUGAAGUUGGUGGAUCGAGAAAUUAGAAUAUUGCGCCUCAUUACGCAUCCAAACAUUAUCCACUUGGAGAAGGUCUACGAAUCUCCAAAGAAGCUGUACCUGGUGUUCGAACUUUGCUCGAGCACUCUGGCUCAGGAGUUCAGUGAGCGCCGGCAGUUCACCGAGGCGGACGCCCGCGAGGUGAUCCGCAAGCUGGCCAGCGCAGUUGCCUACCUCCACAGAAACGGCAUCGUGCACAGGGACCUGAAGCUGGAGAAUAUCCUGCUGACAACGAACCCGGCCGACCCGGAGGACAAACUCUACAUCAAGGUGACCGACUUCGGGCAGAGCGUCGUCCGAAGCGGAGUCGCCCACGACCAGAUGCUACACGAGCGGUGCGGCACCAUGGCCUACAUGGCGCCCGAGGUGCUGGAAUCGCGAAUGUACUCGCACCAGUGUGACGUCUGGUCCAUGGGCGUCAUCACGUUUGUGCUGCUCGUCGGCGAGUUCCCGUUCACCGGCGACAAUCCCGACCAGCUCAAACAGCGAGUUCUCAACGACGAACCUCUAUUUGUCAUUAUCUUUAUACCUACUGUUGCUUCUAUUGCUAAAUCAGCACUUACAACAAUAACAGCAGCAGCAACAACAACAACAACAACAACUAUUACUACUACUGAAAACAAUGUUACUAAUAAUAACACUAAAACUAACACUUCUGCCAGCUGA